CUUGAUCCUCUCAAAGCUGAAAGUGAUUCAUUCCCCACUCGACACCCCUCCAAGUGCCCCUCCAUCAUCACGGAUCCUACGCAGAGACAGCCAAGACUACGGCUUGGAACUUGUACCAGGGAGAGUCUUUUACUUAUAAGCGCCGUUUUCGCUGCAUUAGUUGCAGUAUUUCUAUCAAAUAUCUCUAUACCUAAUCUCUCUACUUCAAUCAAAAUGGGUGGUGGACCCGAAGGUUUCCGCACCGUUGCGUAUUUCGUCAACUGGGCCAUCUAUGCACGAAAGCAUCGCCCUCAGGAUCUUCCCGUGGAGAACCUGACUCAUAUUCUUUACUCGUUCGCUAAUAUUCGUAGCGACUCUGGCGAAGUCCAUCUCACCGACUCAUGGGCUGAUACCGAUAUUCACUGGGACGGUGAUUCCUGGAAUGAUGUUGGCACCAACCUGUACGGUUGCAUGAAGCAACUUAACCUCUUGAAAAGACGUAACCGAAACCUCAAGGUUCUUCUCAGUAUCGGAGGAUGGACUUUUAGCAGCAACUUCAAGGGCCCCGCCAGCACGCCUCAAGGACGCGCCACAUUCGCCAAGAGCUGCGUUGAUCUGAUCAAGAACCUCGGGUUUGAUGGUAUCGACAUCGAUUGGGAGUAUCCUCAGAAUGCCGACGAGGCUAGAAACUAUGUUGAGCUUCUAGGCGCUGUGCGUUAUGAAAUGGAUGCAUACGCCCAGACUCUGAGCCGACCUUAUCACUUUGAGUUGACCGUGGCCUGUCCCGCUGGUGCGACAAACUUCCAGAAACUUGAUAUUCGUGGAAUGGAUCGAUAUCUCGACUUCUGGAACCUGAUGGCCUACGACUAUGCCGGCUCUUGGGACCAGACCGCGGGUCAUCAGGCCAACCUGUACCCAUCUCACGACAACCCAGUGUCGACACCAUUCUCUACAUCCGCCGCCAUCGACUUUUAUGUCCGCAGCGGUGUGUCUCCUUCAAAGAUAGUCCUCGGCAUGCCACUCUACGGCCGAGCCUUUCAAAACACCGAUGGUCCCGGCCGUCCCUACCAGGGCGUUGGAGAAGGUACCUGGGAGCAGGGAGUCUACGAUUACAAGGCACUUCCUCUCGAGGGCGCGCAAGAGUACGGCGAUAGAGGAUGCUGUGCCAGCUACUGCUAUAACCCUCAGACGCGUACCAUGGUCACCUACGAUACGCCGCGGGUCGCCUGGGACAAGGCCGAAUAUGUGAGAAAGUGGAAGCUGGGAGGCGCCAUGUGGUGGGAGAGCAGCGCGGACAAAGAGGGUGAGAAGAGUCUGAUCACAACAGUUGUGAAUGGAUUCGGAGGCCAGGGAGCGCUCAUGAGACAGGACAACUGUAUUGAGUAUCCUGCGACCAAGUACGAUAACUUGCGCGAUGGGUUCCCGAACAAUUGAGGCGCUAAAGUGGAGUUGGUGGGUCAGGAGAAGGAGGAACAUUGAUGACAGUCUGCAACGGUUCUGCUUUUUCUUAUAGUGAUAUCAUAAGUAAAUGAAUAGUAAAAAUAUGGUUUAUGAUUCCA